AUGUUGGAAUAUCGACCAACGGAUAACGAAUUGCUAGCAGUUUACGGAUUAAGAACGUUAAAUCCCACGGCAAGAGAGGACUUGACCAGAAUUGAAAACAACUACUCGCAAGAUUUGACCAGUUUGUCAACAGAAGAACAGUUUAAACUACUAGAAAAACUACACGAUUCGGGAGUUAAGGAGGUACCAAACCACACACAUGAUUUUGAGGACCCUUUGAAGGGAAGAGGCUCGAACAUCGUGCAGGAUUUGCUCCGGAAACAAAUAGUCAAGGCUCAUGACGAUCCCAGGUUGGAAAGUUUCCUUGUGAGUUCACGAGAUUUCAAUGCAUACAAGUAUCUCAAUAGUGUGCACAAGGAUACAUCCUUGCAGGAGUUGGAUGGAGCACUUCGAAUCUUGGAAAAUGGGAUACAUUUGUACACCGAUGAUUUAAAGCACUCGAUUGAGCAAAACUUUGACAGAUUCAUCGAUUGUAAACAGAGAAUUGAUCGGUCGUUGAAUGAGUUUGUCAACCAAAAGACCCGCAUGCAGCAGGAAAAGGACAACUCCAAGGUUUUCAACCCUCGUCGACACAAGAUCGCGGGCAGGGGCCCCGCGGGCGGACAAGAAUUGUCCUCUGAGUUGGAGCUCUCGUUGAAUAAUUUGAUAACUUCAACUUCGCUCAUGUUGCGGCCUAUUUCUGAUAACAGGACCAGAGAGGGGAAGAUUGCCACCAUUGUGGAAUUUGUCAAGGAAAACAGUUUUUUUUUCAAUUUGUCGGCCAAUUUGAUCCAGGCACUUUCAAGCAACGAUGAUAACAAGUUUAUAAAUGAGUACAACCGAUACGUGAGGGAAAAGGAGAUUUUCUUACAAAAGUUUCAAUCGAACAUAGCUAAAGAGAAUGACAUGUCUAAAACGCAAAAGGACAAAAAUAAUCGCCAAGGGCAGUUGAGCUCGGCUGCUGACACUGAUGCUUCUUUUGUACAAGAUUCUGAAAAUGACAAUACGUUAAAGUUGGCAUUGAUCAGUACGGUCUUCAACGAAGUCGAUGAGAUUGCCCGGCAAUAUAGAAACAAAGUGCACGCCGAGCUUUUGUCAUUGGACCACGAGGCAAACAAAAACGGAACUGAGUUUUCCACUGACAACGCCAAGUUUAUGACUCUUGUUGAAAGUUUGCUUAAGUUGACCACCGAGGAGACUUCCCAAAGCCCCGAGUCCCAAGGCCAGGGUCACGGUGUUGGCCAGCUUGGUCCAGUUCGGGAUUUCCUCUUGAAGCAAAUCGAGAUUAUCAACAAGGACUUUGAAUAUCAAGUUGGUAAAUUCGAUAGCAGGUUUUUGCUUAUGCAAAACAAGCUAGUCGAUUACGUUUCCUCGCUUAAAGCCGAGAGAAGAAGCGGCUCGCAUGUGAAUUACAUUGCCGACAAGUAUGAAAAAUACAAAGAGGAGAUUAAGUUUGCCAAAACCAAUGACGAAAAAUUGCGCACGAUAGAUGAGGCCUUUGAAAGCAACGACUCGUUGGAUUUGAGCUUGAUUAAUGAGACGUGGUUGGUCUUGCUCAACUUUCUAAACUACUUGGAGGUGUUGUUUCUUCGGCUUGCCGAUAAGUUUGUCAACAACUACUCGCAUUACUACCGAUUGGGAGUUGAUCCCAAUGGUGAAAUACGCGAUGAAUUCUUUGUGAUGAUCAAUCAAGUGGUGGCGAUCUUGACCACCUUGUUUGAUGAUGAAACCAAGGAUGCAGAUGGGGUCAACCAAUUGGAAUCGUCGCCUUCCAAUUAUAAACAAUUUGUGCCCUGUUACGCCAAUUCCUUAUCCUCGGUUUACCAUCUUGGCAGGAUCCAGGUGCUAAUCAAUAACUUUAUGCAGAAAUUGGGCAACAUUGUUGGUGUGAUUGGCAACAUUAGCAAAUUCCAGGAUACCAAUCGCAACCUCAAGCAGCUUCGAAACUCAUCGCUUCAAAUCAAUCAAAAGAUCUUGGAAGCUGUGUGCUCAACGUGGGUUAACGAUUGUUCUCAAUUUUACGAAAUGGAAGAUUGGAAAAUUGAAGACAAGUACAAUACGAAGGAUGGAUCAUGUACGAAAUUGAUGAAUAUCAUUGAGUAUUAUCAGCUUUACAUGAUUCGCAAGAUUGCUAAAAUCACCAUGACGAGCGCAAAGGAAAAUACCAAUAACAAUAACACUGGUAGUAAUAGCAAUAUCAACUCGGAAUUUGCCGUGGUUGCCAAUUAUCCAAGCAAACGGAUUUUAAUGAGUAUCGAGAUUCAAUUUAUGAGAACUUUGAACAUUGUGGUUGACUCAAUGAUGAAAAAAUACAAUAUCGACCGGCAAAUUUACAACGAAACGGAGAUUGCCAAGGGGGCCAAUAUUGAGUUAUUCAAGAUAUUAACCAUGAACAAUUUCGACAAGCUAUCGAGAAUCACGUAUCCUCGCUUAAUUUUUGAGUUUGAUAAACAGUACACCAAGAGUUUAUCGAAGCAAAACUUGAAGCUAUUUUCCGACAUUGAUCAAGCCAGUUUGACUAUUAUUGAAGAUAUCCUCAGUAACGAAAAGGGCUACGUGUCAAACCUCACCCUGGAUUUCUUUGCCAAAUUCGACCCUAGCAAUUUUGGAGAUCGCGGCGAACGAAUUGAGCCGUUGGAGAAUAUGCCCAUGGUUGACGGGUUUGUCUAUCAAGUGUUGAUGCAUUUCGUUAAGCUUGUGUUUCGAAUGAAGCCAUUAACGAGCGAGGAAGUGUUUGUCACGAUCUUGAAUGAGCUUCAACUGUCGUUUCUCAAGAACAUCUUGGACUGUGUGAGGAACAGCCAGCAACAUUUGUCAAGGGCGCGAUUAUCGAAUUUGAUGCUUGAUGUGUGGUUCUUGUGGGAAAUCUUUGAAGGCUCGAAUAUUUUGCGGUUUAAUGACGCGAGUAAGAAAUUGUACGAUGUGCUCGUUAAUGAAAUUGAAAGUAUGCGGAAAGAUGGUGCCGGUGUUGGAGCUGAGGUGCAUCAUGGUGAUUACGAGCUCGAAGAGGCUUUAAAGAUCCAUUUGCAGAGCACAGCCAUCCAAUUUAAUUGUUUUUAG